AUGAAGUCCUUCAUUGCCAUCCUCGCCUUCGCCUCAUGCGCUCUUGCCGCUCCAAUCGCUCAAGGCUCAUAUGACGGUUACGGCGAUUACGCCAACGUACCCACUGAGGCCCCUGCCGAGUACGCGGACUACGGAGACUACGGAAACGCGCCUCCAGUUGAGAACCCAAACCCACCAGCUGAUUACGCAGACUACGGCGCGUAUCCACCUCCUGCGGGCGGAUAUGGAGAGUACACUGGGUACAAGAAGGAAUAG